GCAGUCAUCCCCGAGAAUACCGCCGCCGGCGUGCUAACAGCUUUCUCAGUUCAGCAUCUGUCACGGUGUCCCGAAUAUGAGUAUAACAGCAAAGCCAAGAACGUUCUCAGCUCUUAGCUUUCCCAGUCCUCGAGCACGAUGACUCAGAAAACCCGCUCAUGGAAGAGGAUCCUUUCCGUUCUCACUUCCGCUGCUUGUUUCGGCGGCAAUGGCGCAUCAGCAUCUUCGGCGUCACCUACAACGCCGUUCACUGAAGGUACCAUUCCGUUCCCGUACCAUGGCGAAACCUUCCACACCUACUAUAAGGUCUUCGGUGACAUCCAAAACCGCGCUCAUACUCCGCUCGUCGUCCUCCACGGCGGGCCCGGUCUCACUCACGACUACAUGAUCCCCAUCUCCGACCUCGCCCACACCGCCAAUAUCCCUGUUGUCUUCUACGACCAGCUCGGCAAUGGCCGCUCUACUCACCUGCGCGAGAAGCCUGCGGACUUCUGGUCCGUUGAACUCUUCAUGGACGAGUUGAGCAAUCUCCUCAACCACUUUUCCAUCCAGGAUUCGUUCCACCUCCUCGGACACUCUUGGGGAGGAGAGCUAGGCACCGAAUUCGAGGUGCAGAGGAAACCGAAAGGUCUCAAGAAGCUGGUCAUCUCAGACACUCCCGCUUCCUCCGCGCUGUGGGGUCAAUCACUCGCUCAGCUCAUGCAGACCAUGCCCCAAGACGUUCAGGAUGGGCUCAUGGUCGGCCUGGCUGACCCUCAGAAGUAUUGGGCAGCGUUGCAAGUGUUCAGCGCUGUAUACGGUUGCACACUGAAGCAUUUGCCGGCGGCGUAUAAUGCAUCGUUCUUGGCUAUCUUCGGACCCCAUGGUGACACCACUGUUGCCAGUGCUCCGUUUAGCAACGAUUGGACCAUCGUCGACCGAAUCCCACAGAUCACCGUGCCUACGCUCUUGCUGAAUGGUCACAGGGAUAUGGCGCAGGACUUCGUGAUGGAACCCUUCUUCAAAGGUAUCCCGGACGUCAAGUGGACCACAUUCAUGAAUUCGACUCACACGCCUUUCUGGGAGGAGCGAGCGAGGUACAUGGAGGUAGUCGGUGAUUACCUGAAGAAGACGGAUUAGGAUAGUGAAUGAAGCAAAUAGAACAAUCAGUGCAUUGUGAAGUUUGAACGAUCCCAUGAAUACUUGUGGUUCCGUUGUACUGGAUAUUGCGCUAUUCUGAUUCAUGACCGGGUCCAUAUGCAACUGUCAGUUUGGUGACAUACAUACAUUUGCCAGGCUUGUAAGACUGUGGAGGAAAUCACCUGGACCUUGAAGCUUGAUCGCCCAUAUCCGGAAAUGACAGCGUGUAACGGUGAAUGGAUGGAUCUCUGCUCUGCAAGUAACUCUUUUUGGUCGAUCAGAAAUACGAGUAGUCAACCCCUUGGUGAAUUUCUGCAUU